AUGGGCGGUCGAGGCAAUCGAGGCGGUCGCUCGCAUCAGUGGACGCGCGAUGGGACCUCGCGGCGCGGCGACGACGCCGUCGGACGCGGUGGACGCGGUGGACGAGGCGCGGUGGGAGUGCGCAGACGCGACGCGCUCGAAGAAGAUCUCGUUCGCGAGGCGCCCAACUGGACGCUGUCGUGCUACGGACCGAGGGGUGAGCAGCCGAACCUUCUUGGAGGCGAUACGUCGUUCGAGGAGCUGCGGGCGUGCGCGAUCGCGACGGUGCGCGCGGGAAUGGACGCGCGGACGGUGCACGCGCGGGCGAGAGAGUACGCCGAGGCGAAAAAGUCCGACGCGCGAGGGAUCCUGUCGUUCCCGGAGGCGCAGUUGAAGGAGGUGUUGGAUAAGGUGGAGCGAGGAACGAUGGCGCCCGCGGGGGCGCAGCGCGUGAUCGAGGGGGUGGCGUUGGGGAACGCGGGGGUCGCGCCGGCGCCGGGGCUCAACGCGGGCGCGGCGGCGUUCUCGCCGCAGACGGGAACGAACGCGGGUGCCGGUUUCGGCGGUGGAUUCACCACCGGUUUCACGGGUGGGUUCGUGGGCGCGGGAAUGGGCGUCGGGCGCGGGGUCGCAGGCGGUGGGUUCGCGGGCGGCGACGCGUCGACGAGUCCGUUCGGCGGAACGAGUCCGCAACUGGCGGCUCCUUCUCCUUUCGGCGGCGGCGGUGGUACGAGUCCGUUCGGCGGUGGUGCGGUCGCGCAAGCCCCGCUCACGCCCCUGAUGCCGGAUCCGAACGACCCGAACUCCGCGGCUUGGUGCGCUCCCGCGUUCACGUUCGGUAACAUACCGGACGAUCCGCCGCCGCCGCAGUUCAUUCGCUGA